GCACCCAGGCGGGGGGAAGGAAGCUGAGGCCAAGGUCGCUGCGGACCCCCGAGGCCUGGGCUUUCGUGAUCGCACGGAAGGCAGGCCACAGGCCGAAGGAGCCCAGCGGGGCCGCGGGGGACGGGGUGGGCUACCGGCCACGGGGCCGCGGCGACGGCGCACGAGCUCGCGGGGCGGGGGCCACGGCCCGGCCUCGGCGCCCUCCGCCCGCCGGCGGCAUGGGCUCUAAAGCCAAGAAGCGGGUGGUGCUGCCCACCCGCCCGGCGCCCCCCACCACGGAGCAGAUUCUGGAGGACGUGCGCGGGGCGCCGGCCCACGACCCCAUCUUCACGGCCCUGGCCCCAGGAGAUACCUCAAGACCCUACAAGAGGCUUGAGGAGCCUGAGGCCCAGCGAGAGCGACUGUACCAGCAGAGCCGGGCCUACGUGGCUACCAAUGAGCAGCUGCGGAAGGCUGGGGAUGGGCUGAGGCAGAAGUGCGAGGAUCUCUGGCAGGCCGGUCAGGAGCUGGAGCUGGACAUCAGCCAGGUGUCACAGACAGCACUGCCACCACCACCAGGGACCUUGGCUAUCUCCUCACACUGACCUGGGCCAGCACCCAGUGCUGUCCGCCUUGCUUCCCCCUCCCUCUGGGGACCUGGGUGCCCCCAGCUUUCAUUCCACGUCCGUCAGCCCUGCUUGUUCCCGACACUCAGAAGGCUGCAGGCGCUUGGCUGGAGGGACCCGCCCCACAGGCCCCCUGUCUCUGCGGACUGGAGCCGGACCCAGCCAAGGUUCUAGGAGGAGGACAGCGAGGAUGACUGCUCCAGCAUCUGUCCCCUCUCCUCUGAUCUGAGACAAGGCCCCUAUGGCAGUGCCGCCUCCUGUCUCCAUACUCCUGCUUAGGGCACUGAACACUUGGCUGGAGAUAGAUAUGUGGGGAGUAACUCCAGGGCUGCUGCCUCUUUAGAAGAAACUUCUUUCUCUCCAUGAAAGUGCACCUCUCAGCUCAGGCCUCCCCUAAACCAGACUCUGGGUCUUUGGGACAAGCCUGCACCCCUCAGGAACUUCCCCUGCAUCACUACGAGCUGCCUCCUUCCCACACUGGCCAGCCUGGUCCUGCCCCAGGAGAACCAUGCCUCUGACCAUCUAGUACUCGAGCCAGCAGGCAGGCAUCCUCUUGCUUGGACAGCCGAGGGUCAGUGGCAGGCCGUGCGGGCAGGCUUUCCCUCCCAUCCUAGCUCCUGCCUGGGACCAAGUGGACACUCCCGCUGACAUCGCUGGGCCUUGUCCCUGAGUUCCCUCCUGGCAUGAGGGGCUCUCAACAGGAGCACUGGACCCGUUGUUGGGGUGGCCAUGGCUGGGAUGGAAGGCCCAGGAAGCUGGCCUCUACCCUUCAGCCUACCUUGGAAGUGGAACAGUGGGAAGCAUGGGCAAUUCCACAGCUUGGUUUAUUAAAGGUGCACAAAAAGCCA